AUGUCUCCUCAAUUAUUCGAGACGCAAUCUUUGCGUAUCGCGGUGGAGGGUUGUGGCCAUGGCACUUUGAAUGCGAUAUACGCAUCAAUUGAGAAAGCUUGCGAAGUCAACAAAUGGGACGGCAUUGAUUUGCUCGUAAUCGGUGGUGACUUUCAGGCAGUCCGCAAUGCUCAAGACCUGAACUGCAUGUCUGUGCCUAUCAAAUUUCGCGAGAUUGGCGAUUUCCAUGAAUACUACUCUGGCGCUCGGAAAGCGCCAUAUCUCACCAUCUUUGUUGGCGGCAAUCAUGAAGCCGGUAACCAUCUCUUUGAGCUAUACUACGGUGGAUGGGUAGCACCCAAUAUUUAUUAUCUGGGAGCAGCUAAUGUCAUUAGACUUGGUCCCUUGCGCAUUGCUGGAUUUUCCGGUAUUUGGAAGGGGUAUAAUUACAACAAACCUCAUUAUGAAAGAUUACCAUACAAUCAGGAUGAUGUGAAGAGCAUAUACCACGUCCGGGAAAUCGAUAUCAGGAAGAUGCUUCAAAUAAGGACUCAAGUAGACAUUGGUAUCAGCCAUGACUGGCCGAAAGGGAUCGAAUGGAAAGGAAAUUAUAAAUCCCUCUUUGCGAAAAAGGACCUUUUUGAGGCAGAUGCACGAAGUGGACGGCUUGGCAGCACAGCCGCCAAGUAUGUCCUAGAGCGCUUAAGACCUCCAUAUUGGUUCUCUGCACAUCUACAUAUCAAAUAUGCUGCAGUCGUUGAACAUGAUUCGCCGGCUGCAGAUGCCACUGGAGGUUCAGGGGUGCGCCCGUUUGAGCUCGCACCUGGAAAUGAGCCGCCAAUAGAAUCAACUGGCCCGAGCCGAAACGAAGAGGAGAUUGAAAUCGAUAUGGAUGAGGAUGAAGUUGCGCCAGUACCUCCUCGAUCUGAAUCGAAUGCUCCGGCCGUCGUGUCAAAUGAUGAGGAGAUCCAGCUGGAUCUAGACGAUGAAGUUGACACCUCAGUCAGCGCUGUGCCGGAAGAGGGGCGCACUGUCAUAUCAACUGGCAACGCUGAUAAUAUCUCUAAUAUGCAAGUCCAACCUGGCCCAACAUCCCAGGAGGGAAUAUCAGAUGAACUGCGUGCACAACUUCCCGAAUCAUUCUUCCGCCAAGAUCCAUCUGCAACGGUGCAAUCACAUCCGCCACUACAAACAGAUAUUUUCAAUAAAUCGACUCGGUUUCUUGCCUUAGACAAGUGUCUUCCAAAUCGGAAGUUCCUUCAGAUCCUCGAUAUCCCUCCUCCCUGCGCCUUAACAUCAUCCGAAGGUUCGUCUGACGGGAGACCAUCGGGUUCCAGUACAUCUUCAUCAACAAGGCCAUUUCGUCUCGAGUAUGAUAAAGAGUGGCUUGCAAUCACUCGAGUCUUUGCGAAUGACCUCAAGUUAGGAGAUCCAAGUGCUUCAUUGCCUCGUGAUCAGGGCGAAGCUUACUAUCGACCACUAAUCGAAAAGGAAGAGGAGUGGGUGGAGGAACACGUUGUGAAGCCGGGAAAAAUGGUUGUCCCUGAUAAUUUCGAGAUCACUGCUCCAAUAUAUGAUCCUGUUCGCGGUCCACGUGUUCCCGAGCAGCCAUCCGAGUACACAAAUCCGCAGACUAGCAGAUUCUGCGAGCUCCUAGAUAUCGACAAUCCAUUUGACGCGACCGAGGAGCAGAGAGCAGAGCGGAUGCGCAUUGGCCCUCGGCCAGAUGCUCCGCGUGGUGGCGCAAGCGGUGGCGGAUAUCGUGGGCGAGGAGGUGGCGGUUUCCGCGGCAGCGGACGAGGACGAGGAAGUCGGGGCCGAGGAGGCCGAGGAGGCCGAGGACAUCGAGCGCCGGGAGGUUGGUGA